GAUCUGUUUCUCGAGUUUUAUCGGACACUCACUAACCAAACGGCGACUAAACUCAAAGUUUUCUCAAACUUCAACAUUGCGUACAACAAGAAUAUUCUGUUCAAACCUACUUUGAUAACCGAAUCGUUGGAAGAUCUCAUGGAUAACAAGGCUCUAAUGAUAGCUGGAAGGGCUGCCAUUCCUUAUUUAAAAGCGUAUAAGGACCCAUAUUUUAAGGAUAUUGCCACGACUAUAGUAACCAGGUUAGGCUAUGAAUGUGGUCUAAUCGCACACACCCAGGCAAUUCAGCACAUGGCGACAGGGGUUAUGGUUAAGGGAUGGAACCACCUACAACAUAAUGUCACUCAGUUCGAUGACACUGUUUAUCUUGCUAAACCCGAACACAUGUGUUGGUUGGCCCUGAUAUGGCUGCACAUAAUGUACACAUUUAUUACGCACCGUAUGUGUGACUCCAGGAUAUCAUUCAGUGAUCUGUUUCUCGAGUUUUAUCGGACACUCACUAACCAAACGGCGACUAAACUCAAAGCGUUUAGCAGUGUUUUGCGGAAUUCCUACUUUAAGUUCAAACCUACUCUGAUGGCCGACUCGUUGGAAGAUCUCAUUGAUAACAAGGCUCUAAUGAUAGCUGGAAGGACUGCCAUUCCUUAUUUAGAAGCUUAUAAGGACCCAUAUUUUAAGGAUAUUGCCAAGACUAUAGUUACCAGGGUCACGACUUACGAGAACAGAAUCGGAAUAAACACAAAAAAGAAUAAUUCAUUU